AUUGCCCUCUUUUAUGGCCUUCAUAUACUUAUUGCUAGGAGUUUGAGCAAGCUCAAAACAAUUAGCCAUGAUUCUGUUUUUAUAUUGGUUUUUGACUCUAAAUUCGGUGGUGUGGUGAAGCUUGGAGGUGAUCUCAGUACACUUGAAGUGAAGUCAACAAAUCCAUAUCAAUCUGUUAUUGAAUGGAUUAAAUGUCAUGCUGAAGUUAGAGUUUCCACUGUUGACCGGGUUUGGAACAAGCUAGGUAAUGCAAACUGGGGGGACCUAGGAACUCUGCAAGUACUUCUCGCAACUUUCUAUUCCAUUGUACGGCGGAAUGGGCCACCAAGGAAAUCAAUAGCCUCUUUGGCCUCAGAUCAUAUUCGCCGUCUUCAAAAGCGCAGGUUAGAGUCCUGCCUUAGUGAAAAUGAGAAUGCGCUGGUACCUUUCCAACAAAUGGGACAUCAAGGAGAGAUUAUUGAACUUAACCAAAUUGACGAUCCUUCCAGAAAGUAAGCAUCGCGUUUGAAGCUUAGGCAGGGUGAAAUAUUGAUGUUGGAUGACCAGCAGCAGGGGCAUAAGUGUUUUCAAAUUCAGGAUUCUUUGAUUGGAGGACAUUAUUUUCUCUAUAAUGCUGUGUCUUUAGACUGUCCAACAGAGCUAUUGACUUUAUACAUAGGUGCCCAUCCACGUAGACUGGAGCCAUCUUGGGAAGAUAUGAGUUUGUGGUACCAAGUGCAGAGGCAAACAAAAGUACUGAACAUCUUGAAGCAGCAUGGAGUUGCAAGCAAAUAUUUACCAGAAAUUGUUGCCUCUGGCCGAAUUUUGCAUUCUGGUCCAUGUAACAAGCAGAGCCCUGGGGGUUGUUGCGAUCCCCUGGGGGUUGUUGCGAUCACCAUGGUGCGGACCCCAAUACUUGUGACAUCUCCUGUUUGGAAGCAACUCUCUUUCAUUGUAGCUCAGGGAUGCCAUUUCAUCCGAGGACGGCAGUUAAGAUGUUGCCGAGACUGCCUUUCUUGCUCUGCAAAAUCAGCAAUGGCUGGUGUGCCAACAUGGUUGAUAUAUAUUAGGGAACAGCCCAGGAAUAAACCUACAGCAGUUAUAGAAGAUAGGGACAGCCCAGGAAUAAACCUACAAUUCUCUUCAUCCCAUGCGCUUCAGCAUGGGAAGCUUUGUCCAUCAUCUGAUGCUGAAAGCCUCAUUUACCUCCUUUUUUUUCUUAGUGGAGACUAUGCAGCAGCAAGAUCUAUUGAAUCAGCAUUGCAAUGGAGGGAGAGAAGCUGGGCAAAGCGUUUGAUUCAGCAGCAACUCAGUGAGGUUUCAGCUCUUUUAAAGGCAUUUGCUGAUUAUGUAGAUAGCCUUUGUGGAACUCCAUACCCAGUUGACUAUGACAUUUGGUUAAAAAGGCUAAAUAGGGCCAUAGACGGCUCAGCUGACAGAGGUAAAAUGGUGGAAGAAUUAUCAUACACACUAAGAUUAAAGGAUGUUGCAGAAUCUUCAGGAGCUGCUGGAGGUGGCAUUUAAAUACAGAGCAGAUGAUACUUGCUUUUGUAACUUAGUCUGGCUGAUUUUUUGGUUAAAUUUUCUUCAGCUAGCUUUCGUUAUUCUAGCACGUAGUUGAGACGCUAUGGAAUUGUUUUUUGCUCGUUAAAAUGCCUUUUGACUUGAGAAUAUUACCCCCUCCUCCGGAUUUGAAAAGUGGGGAGAUAGGACAUGCUAUGCUCCUCUCAUCUUGCACGAAUUUUGCCUUCAUUGUAUAUCGCAUUGACAUGACAAAUUUGAGAUGCAUGCAAUGCAAAUUUUUUUUUUUUUUUUU